GCGGCGGAGGCCGCGGGGGUCGGUGAGGCUUGUGCGCCCCUGGCCGCGCCUAGCGCCCCGCGCCCGGAUGGCGGCCCUGCCGUGGGACCCGCUGCGUAAUGACUCUUUGCCACCCACGCUGACCCCGGCGGUACCCCCGUACGUGAAGCUGGGCUUGACGGUGGUCUACACCGUGUUCUACUCGCUGCUCUUCACGUUCAUCUACGUGCAGCUCUGGCUGGUGCUGCGCUACCGCCACAAGCGCCUGAGCUACCAGAGCGUCUUCCUCUUCCUCUGCCUGCUCUGGGCCUCGUUGCGCACCGUCCUCUUCUCCUUCUACUUCAGGGACUUCGUGGCGGCCAACUCGCUGGGUCCCUUCCUCUUCUGGCUGCUGUAUUGCUUCCCCGUGUGCCUACAGUUCUUCACACUGACGCUCAUGAACUUGUACUUCACGCAGGUUAUUUUCAAAGCAAAGUCAAAAUACUCUCCGGAAUUACUCAAAUACCGCUUGCCGCUCUAUCUGGUGUCCCUCUCGGUCAGCCUACUCUUCCUUCUGGUGAACCUGACCUGUGCCGUGCUGGUGAAGAUGGAGACCUGGGAGAGGAAGGCCAUCGUCUCUGUGCGUGUGGCCAUCAACGACACGCUCUUCGUGCUGUGUGCCGUCUCGCUGUCCCUCUGUCUCUACAAGAUCUCCAAGAUGUCCUUGGCCAACAUUUACCUGGAGUCUAAGGGCUCCUCCGUGUGUCAGGUCACCUCCAUUGGCGUCACCGUCAUCCUCCUGUACACGUCUCGAGCCUGCUACAACCUGUUCAUCCUGACCUUUUCUCCCAACAAGAACGUCCACUCCUUUGACUAUGACUGGUACAACGUGUCAGACCAGGCAGAUUUGAAGAACCAGCUGGGAGAUGCUGGCUAUGUAGUUUUUGGAGUGGUCCUGUUCGUGUGGGAACUUUUACCUACUUCCUUAGUCGUUUAUUUCUUCCGCGUUAGGAAUCCUGUUAAGGACUUUACUAACCCAGGAAUGGUGCCGAGCCACGGAUUCAGCCCCAGGUCCUACUUCUUUGACAAUCCUCGGAGAUAUGACAGUGACGAUGACCUUGCCUGGAACACUACCCCUGCAGGACUUCAGGGAAGUUUUGCUCCAGACUAUUACGAGUGGGGACAGCAAGCUAACAGCUUCAGGGCACAAGCAGGACCUUUACAAGAUGCACCUCUGGAUCCUGCCAAGACGAGCCAUGGGUAG